UCCACCACAUCCGCGGCAAGAGCUGCGACGCCUCCUCCCUGGCGUCCGCCUGUGAUAGCCCAGCCUUCGUCCUACACAUUUGUAGCUUCGUGGACACAUUAACAACUGAUGCUUUUAGAUCCUAGUCGCCUGGCUUUGCCAAGGCGGUUAGAGGUCAUCUGGAAAGUCCUUUGGUUCGAAUCGCCCUGAUUUAGAAGGCCAACUCAUUCCUCCUGAGGUGCUUUGGGAAUUCGCGCCCUCCUCUGGUCCUGGUCCAGGUGCACAGGAAGAGCCAGGGGAGGACGCAGGUGACCGGGAGAGGGAAGAAGGGUGGCAAGAAAGGCGUCCCAGUGAUUAACUCAGAGAUCGAACCUGCAGACCAAGCGCAAAGUAGAAACUGAAAGUACACUGCUGGCUGAUCCUACGGAAGUUAUGGGAAAGGCGAAGCGCAGAGCCGGGCCGUGGUGUGUGCCGCCCCCCUUGGGAUGGAUGAAACAGCAGGCGCGGCGUGGGUAGGAGGAACCAGCGGCAGAGACGGCCCUACCCGGCACGGACUCCCGGCAACUCCGCGGAAGACCAGGGUCCUGGGAGUGACUAUGGGCGGUGAGAGCUUGCUCCUGCUGCAGUUGCGGUCAUCAUGACCACGCCCGCCUCCCGCAGACCAUGUUCCAUGUUUCUUUUAGGUAUAUCUUUGGAAUUCCUCCCCUGAUCCUUGUUCUGUUGCCAGUAGCAUCAUCUGAUUGUGAUAUUGGAGGUAAAGACGGCAGAGUGUAUCAGAAUGUUCUUAUGAUCAGCAUCGAUGACUUGGACAGCAUGAUAGACUUUGAUAGCAAUUGCCUGAAUAACGAAUCUAACUUUUUUAAAAAACAUUCAUGUGGUGAUAAUAAGGAAGCUUCAUUUUUAUAUCGUGCUGCUCGAAAGUUGAAGCAGUUUCCUAAAAUGAAUAACAGUGAGGAUUUCAAUUUCCACCUAUCAAGAGUUUCACAGGGCACGUUACAACUGUUGAACUGCAGCAGCAAGGUUAAAGGAAGAAAACCGCCUUCCCUGGGUGAAGCCCAACCCACUAAGAAUUUGGAAGAAAAUAAAUCUGUAAAGGAACAGAAAAAACUGAAUGACCUGUGUUUCCUAAAGAUACUACUACAAAAGAUAAAAACUUGUUGGAAUAAAAUUUUGAGGGGUGCUAAAGAACACUGAAAAAUAUGGAGUGGCAAUAUAAAAACUUAAGAGCUUAAGUUGUAUACUCCAAGGAUCUCUCUGCUCAUGCAAUUUUCCAGGGUAGAAUGCCUCGUGGAAGUUACUGAAUGCAUCCUGGUAAAAAUGGAUUACAGCAAUUGAGAAAUCCUUACUGUAGUACUAGAAGAUGGACAUAAACAAAGGAACCUGAAUGUUGCAAUCAACAAACUAUUUCACAUAUAUGCAGACAUCGGUAUUAAUCAAUCGGUAUUGAUUCUGAGCUGGCUUAGGUAAGGCAAUCCAUGUAAGAUAUUAGUUGCGUUAAUACUUUUUAAACCUGUUUAAAAUUUCCAGAAGACAUAUAAAUUCUGUGAAGUAUAUAAAGGUUACAAGAAUUAAAAAAUAACAUUGCAUUAUGACCAAAAUAAUUUUAUGGCCCACUAUGCAUCAGUAUAUUGCAACGAGAGUGGAAAUUGUUGUCUUCUGUGCUGGAAACGUUUCACUAACAGUGAGAUAUGGAUAAGCCCAUGAGAACAAGACUCAUAUACCUUAAAGAAGCAAUAAGCAUAAAGGGCCCAAGAUACUCCUUUAUCAAGAAGAUAUCAGGAGAUGUAAUUAAGUAUGAAUGUGUAACAGAGUGCCUUUAAUAAAUGAUUCAGCAAAUGUUUUUAAAUGAAAAUAAAGAAUAAUUUCACAAAAUAGUCAUCUGUUCUAAGGAUGCUAGACCAUAGUACUGAGUCACUCUUGUCAUUUAUAUGUAAUAAAAUUUGUCUAAAUGAGUUAGCAAUUUGGGAAGUAUAUUUUUAAGAGAAUAAUAUAUGUUAGCCUUUUAAUUAAUGGACUGUGUAUUUAAUUUUGACAGUAUAUCUGUAUAUAAAAUAUUUUCAUACAGUAUUACAAAUUGCUUACUUUGGAUAACAUUUCUCCUUUGAUAAUAAAUGGCCUAUGUAUUAACACUGUCAGAUUCACUUAAUGAAUCCCAACAGGAAAUUUUAAGACAAGAUUUUUAGUGCUGUACAAUUAUUAGAUUUCUCACUUUCAUUGAAAUAUGACCUUUAAUAUCUUAUUACCAAGAAUGUACGUGAGACCAGGACCUCCAAACUAUAUAAGAACAGGACGGUGCUUUACUUUCUAUGCUGAAUUUUAGUCUUUGAAAAGAAACUUUUUGUUCCUUUUAAACAGACCCAGAAAGAUUUGCCAAUAGUCUUCACUUACUUAUAAAGGGAACUGAAAACACUAUUCUAGGUAGGCCAGAGUUCUUAAACAGCCACCACAGCCUCAUAGCCACCUGGUUAAGUGCUGACUGGCUUUAUUUGAUCUACAGACAGUGCCAUCCUCAAAGUGUGGACGUAGGACCUUCCUCUCAGUUCAUGUGUCAUCCUGCAUCUCUUUCUCACUCUCCCCAACCCACGUGGAAUUUCCUCCUCACGGGUACAGACAGCUGGAUGGAGUUGUACAGACAGUUGUGUAGAAUUCACUUUGAUGAGGCAUUGAACCAAAUGUUUUCUGUUUGGUUUCCAUUAUUAACUCCAGAAAAGGGAGUUGACUGACACUUUUUUAGGAGCAAAUGACUUCACCAAGACUUUUCUUCAGGUGGACUUUUCUCAGUGGGCUAUGCUUCUUUCUACCACCAGACAUGGUCAGCUAUGUGGUACAUCCCCACCCUGAUGAACUGGUGCUGUUGGUAAGCCAUCAGCUAUAGAAAUGGGGACAUACUAAGUUUCUAAAGGGAUCUUUUAAAACUGUCCUUGAAAGUAUUUCCUUGAAGGCCAUCUAUAACAUUCUUAACAUUCUGAGAUUGUGGCAAAAGAAGGAAUAAUAUUUUAAAAUGCUUUGUUGAAAGUUAAUAAAAUUUUCUUCCUUGAUUUUUA